AUGACGGUCACACGGUCUCAGACAGGGAAAACCCCCAGGAAGAUGGUGCGUCCUGGCUUCAUUGAGACCCCUGGCCGGCGUAGCACCCGCAGCAGUACUCUAGCAGCAGAGACCAGUGCCGACGACGUUUCUGAUUCAUCGACCGACGUUCGGGGACGGUCCAAGUCUACUACGCGCAGGCGCACCGCUGUCAUGGUCAACACUGAAGGAUCGGAAGGAGAGGACGUGAUACUAGAGUCGAAGUCAGUUGCUACCAACGGACAUGCGACGAACGGCCAUGCUACCAACGGACAUGCGAUUAACGGACACGCGACCAAUGGACACGCCAACGGGUCGGCUGAAAAGAGUCCGCGGAUCAUUGACGGCUGGGCCGAGGGCAGGGAUCCCAAGAUCGACUACAGCGGCGAGUUCGAGUUCGGAGGCUCCUGGGGCGUGCUGUCCAUGAUGAUCGGGUUUCCGAUGCUCAUGUACUACAUGUGGAUUGGUGCCGUUCACUACAAUGGCAAGUUCCCUCGUCCCUCGGAGGAUCAGAGCACGUCCGACUUUGUCGCGCAUCUGGUCCACCUAGUGUACGAAAACGCAUUUCCUUCGCUUAGGGCAUGGACCAUCUACUGGGUCUUCUUCAUCUUCGAGGGCCUUUGCUACGUUCUUCUCCCCGGUGUGACGGUCAUGGGCCGCGCCCUUCCGCAUCUGGGGGGAAAGCAGCUCCCCUACUACUGCUCAGGCGUUUGGUCGUUCUAUACCAGCAUUGUGCUGGCUGGGAUACUUCACUUCACAGGGAUCUUCAAACUGUACACCGUCAUUGAUGAAUUCGGACCUCUUCUCAGUGUCGCCAUCCUCUCUGGCUUCCUGGUCUCCUUCGUCGCUUACUUCUCGGCAUUGGCUCGCGGCGCGCAGCACCGCAUGACCGGAUAUCCCGUCUACGAUUUCUUCAUGGGUGCAGAGCUCAACCCCAGAAUGUUUGGCAUCCUUGAUUUCAAAAUGUUCUUCGAGGUUCGCCUGCCUUGGUUCAUCCUCUUUUUCCUUAGUCUCGGUGCUGCCGCCAGGCAGUACGAGACCUAUGGCUACGUUUCCGGAGAAGUUGGAUUCCUCCUUAUGGCACAUUUCUUGUACGCCAAUGCCUGCUGUAAGGGCGAGGAGUGCAUUGUGUCGACCUGGGAUAUGUACUACGAGAAAUGGGGUUUCAUGCUCAUCUUCUGGAACUUGGCCGGUGUGCCCUUGAGUUACUGCCACUGCACUAUCUAUCUUGCCAGCCAUGACCCAGAAACCUAUCGCUGGAACCGCGCCUUCCUCAUUUUCCUCUACGCGGCAUAUCUCUUUGUGUACUGGGUGUGGGAUACGACCAACAGCCAGAAGAAUCGUUUCCGCCAGCAAGAGCGCGGUACCAUGGUCUCUCGCAAGACUUUCCCCCAGCUUCCAUGGCAGACUCUGAAGAACCCCAAGACGAUCACUGCGGCCGAUGGCUCGAAGAUCCUUGUUGACGGCUGGUACGGUAAGGCUCGUAAGAUCCACUACACUUGCGAUCUGUACUUCGCCUUGAACUGGGGCUUGAUCACCGGCUUCAGCAGCCCAUUCCCCUGGUUCUAUCCUGUCUUCUUCGCCUGUAUGAUUACUCACCGGGCGCUGCGCGACAUCCAGCGCUGCCGGAACAAGUACGGCGAAGCGUGGAUCGAAUACGAACGACAGGUUCCCUAUCUCUUUAUUCCUGUAAGUUUCCUCUCCGAGACGGAUACAUACGGAGAAACUGACUCGUGUUCCCUAGUAUGUAUUCUAAAGGAAGACGAAGCACUCGGCGGCUUCCACUCUCGCCUUACGUCGCCCUACGACUGA